AUGUAUAUCAGACAUUACACUAAAAGUUGGUUAUAUUCAAGGAAAAUAAAAUAUGGGUAAAGGUAAGAGCGCAAUGCUAAGUAGUAAUAGUAUUGGAAACACUACUGAGUGCAAGAAUGUUAUUGCAGAUUGCAGCAGAGUCAGGGUUCUGCUUUGUGACUUCAAUGCUGAAAGUUGUGGCCAAGUUUUCCAGCUUCUCACCCAAUGUUCUUACCAGGUUGCUCCCGUGACUUCAACUGCUCAAAUGUUUGAUGCACUGAAAUCUGAGGAUCCUUGUAUGGAUAUCAUUCUUACUGAAAUCGCGAUUCUGAUAGCCAAUGGAUCAAGCAUUAUGAGUUCCAUCAAGCAGAAUGUCAGACUUAGGCAUACUUCAGUGAUUAUGAUGGUGACAAAUGAAGAGGUUUCCCUUAUUGGGAAGGGCUUGGGAUAUGGAGCAGCUGACUAUCUGGUUAAACCAUUGAGUAUUCAUCAAAUAAAGAAUCUGGGAAUUCACAUCAAAUAAAAACUUAUGAGUUGUUUUCUUUCGUCCUUAAUGCGAACGAUGAAUUUUUAGAGGCAAAGGUGACUCCAUUAUGAAGUCACACACUAUGUGUGGCUAUACAAUGACUAUUCAUUUUCAUAUAGAUGUAUUCAGUAUAGCUGCAGUUACUCCACUAUAAAAAUGAAUGAUUAGGAUAAGGUCACAUAUACAUACGGAGUAUAUGUUUUCAUAGUGAAGUGAUAUAUGACUUUUUUGUAAUUUGAACUGUAUUUAGCUUAAUUUGAAC